CUGAACUAUACAGACACGUUGUUGUUACAAUAUAAAAAUUGUAAAAUGAGGGAUCGAUUAGAUUCAUUAAAGGGAAAGAAGUCUCAAAAAAGCAAACCUAUUAAUAAUGAAGCAGAAAUUAAUAUGGAUGAGACAACGCCUUUUACAGAUACUCCUGUUGUCACAAUAAAAAAUACCUUUGAAAGAACCGAAGUAAUACAGCAAUGGUUGGACAGCCUAGAAAGUAACAAUGAUCAAAUUAGGAAUAAAAUAAGAAACUUCCAUGCGACUUUUAAUCAAAACGAUUUAAACCUAAAAUUAGAAGACCUCUUCGCCAACAACAAAGCCAUCUGCUUCAAAGUCAACAACAAAUUAAAAGAAUGCGAAGCAGAACUAAAAACAAUCGACAACCAUUCGGCGCAAAGCAGAAUCAAAAAAAUUCAACACAAUGGGACGAAGAAAAGGUACAUGGAACUCUUUAAAGCCAACAUGAGUUUGAUGCAGGACCACAGCGAUAAGAUCAAGCAGAAAAUUAUUUCGGAGACUGCCGCUAAAAAUAUUCGUAUUACUCCUGAGGAGUUGCAGACUAUCAUCGAUAACGGGCAGGAUAUACAGGUGUUUACUGAUAAUAUUAUAGCAGAGACGGAGGAGGCGAGACGAGUCCUCCAAGAUUUGGAGGAGAGACACGAACACCUUCUGAAAAUCGAACGAAUGCUGAUCGAAGUGAGGGAUUUGUUCGUUCAAAUCGGCAUUUUGGUUGAGGAACAGCAGGAGCUAAUCGACAGGAUCGAUCUGCAAGCUCAGACUGCGAGAGAAUUCGUCAGCCGAGCUGAUUUAAAUUUGAACGAAGCUUUGGAUAAACAAAAAAAAUCGAGAAAGUGUAAAAUUUGUAUUUUUAUAGCAGUUGGAAUAUUGGUAUUAUUAUUAAUAGGUGCCUUAGUGAGUCAGUUCAAAUGAAGUAUUAAAAUAAAUGUAAUUUAUGUUUAAAUUAAUUCAAAUAUUUAUAUUUACAA